CCGGUACUAGUAUUUGGAGUAUAAUUUCGAUUUGGCAAUCUACAUCUCGUAUACGCGUACCGGUAUACAUGUAUUUUGGACUGAUUUCCAUCCUAGCCAGAGUCCAAAAUUACUGCUCUUGAAGAAAUUCGUCCAUGAUACUCUGUAUUCGUGGAUUGAACUCCUAUCAAUAGAGGCUCUUCUACCUGGAUACAAUGGCGUUCUCGCUGAAGCAGCUGUCUAGCAAGGCUGAAGUAGAUGCUGUGAUCAAGACAACACUGGACAAAGUUCUCGUCUUACGCUUUGGCCGUGCUUCAGAUGUGGCAUGCAUGCAGCUUGAUGACAUUCUGGAUAAGGCUCAAGAGAAGAUGGCGCGGAUGGCUGAGAUCUACACCGUUGAUGUCGACGCUGUCCCCAUCUACGUGCACUACUUUGACAUCUCCCUGAUCCCGGCCACUGUUUUCUUCUUCAAUGCGCAGCACAUGAAAGUUGACUAUGGCAAGGUUUCCCUGCUGCAAGCCCAAGCAAAGUAUGCACAUACAGCACUGUGUGCCGCAACUUUCUGUGUCUUCUCCAAAAGAUCUGAGACGCCGGAUCACACAAAGUUCAUCGGUGCCUUCAAGAAGACUCAGGAUUUCAUCGAUCUAGUCGAGGUGAUACUGCGGGGAGCUCUGCACGGGAAAGUGAUGGUUACGAGUCCCAUUGACCCGAGGAAUGUGCCAAAGUAUGACCUCGUCUACAAGAACAUCUGAAGUCCGUGCCGCUUGCCACAGGGCUGUUUAGACAGGCAAGGUCCCAGUCAUCCCUUCAUCAAGGUUUCCCCUGAAAGAGCAGGCAGAUUCCGUCUGGCAACUGACCCAUGCCACUCAAUGUACUGGUAUCGGUACCAUGAUCUUGAGUAUUUGUUUCUCGUGAUAUGGGGACCACGGAACACUGCAGUAUACCAACCACGGUGACUAUACCGCCAACUUGGCACCAUACAACUGGAAAAUAAGUCGGCCAGGCUUCGUUGUACCUGGCAACCCGGCGAGAACUAUUGUUCGUUUUCCAGCGGUCCCAGUGCUAUCGGAAGAAAACGGAUCAAAAUACUAGUACGUCCUUGCACGUGUCCUUGCAGUUAUGGCAGCGAUGUCACCUAUUUCAAGCAUUGCGGUGUGCAGUGGAACAUCCUCUGGAGAAAGCGCACGGUCAUGUGUGUUGCAAGUACAGCAGCUUAUUACCAGCAGCUUAUUACCAUCAUCAGGAUCAUCAAUGAUCAUCAUCAUCAUCAUGAACUGCAUCAUGACUAAAGUAUGACUUAGUCUACAAGAACACCUGAGGUCCCUGCUGCUUGCCACAGGGCUUUUUAGACAAGCAAGGUCCCGGUCAUCAAGGUUUACCCCUGAAAGAGCAGGCAGAUUCAUUCUGCCAACUCACCCAUUCUGCUCGAUGUACCAUGAUCUUCAGCUUGCAUAGCAUGCAGUGCUCUAGCCUAGCUUGGAACAGCUAUACACGUCUGGAAGUCUGUGCACGCACACGCGUGGGCACAACUUUGAUGGUGUUAUGAGUAGGGCUGAAACGAUUAUACCAAUUACUCGGUAAUCGAUCGAUAAUUCCUUAUCAAUCAAGUAAUCGUUACGUUAUAGAUUACUCGUUAGGGGUUUUGAGUCCAAAAAGUACUGACAACUCACGUUUUGCGAAGUUUGAAUCAGUUUACGUAUGUAGUUACCUGGGACAUAGUGCAUAUUCUGAGGUUAAAUUGACUUCAAAACUGCCAUGUUUCUGAGCUACCCUGUCACUAAUGCAAAUUUGUGGUAUUAUAAUGGCUUAGAUUUCGGAAACAGAGCAAUGUUUGCACAAAAUUCUGACACUAUUUGCUAACGAUUAUAAUCGAUAAAUCGAUCGUUAAGCUCAGGAGUAAUCGAUAGGUGAAAAUCCACGAUCGUUUCAGCCCUAGUUAUGAGUUAUGAGACUUAUGACUUCUUGAAAGUAUGAUUUUUUGUUUUGCUUAUUCCAAUAGUCGUCAGAUCACCAGCUAGACAGCCUCAGCCCAUAAUCCUGCAAACCCAGCCAUUCAGCAUGCUGAAGCCAGGCGCUUGUCUCACUGUGAGCGGUACAAUCAUGCACUAUCAUGCUGUGAUGUUUUGACAUCCUACCAUACUUUUUUUUAAGCCUCUUUUAAGCCUCCUACCAAUAGUACCAUGCUAUGGUCAAUGGUCCAUAGACAGUGAGUUGAAUGAUCUGUAUUCAUCUCAAUAACAAUCUUGCAUGAUAUUUAUUACAAACAUGUUUGCACAUGGUUGAUAAA